AUGAUUGCCCUCAAGCCGACGCUGUUACUCCUCAGCGCAGCCAGUUCCGCCCUCGCCUUUCCUGCUGCCGCCGACGGACUCAUUUACGACAUUAAUGGUCAUGUACAGGCCGCGAGCGCCAACAAGAGGGCAAUCCCUUACCCAGUUUGCGAUGACGCGGAGUACCGAGCCUUGACGUCCAACCAGGCCGAGGCAUCACCUUUCUGUUCCACCUACAUUCGAAGCACAGUAACUGCAACGGUGAUACCCGAUAUCCAGCAGACUACCACGACAACCACCACCGACUUCAUUACAGUCCAGGGAACUAGCACGGCCACCGGUCGCGGUUUAUGUAAACCCAGGAGGUCAACCACGGUCACGAUAACCGACACUGUCCAAGCAACCGACAUUGUGACCGAAGCGAUCACAGACACCGCGUCAGUUGGUGUCACCCCCACGGCUACAGCUCAAGUUACCGACACCGUGACGGAGGAAAUCACAAACAGCGUGACAGAGCAGGUUACUGACACUGUCACGGUCCUUCUCACGGAUACAGCCACCCAAGAAAUCACAAACACUGUCACCGAUGAAGUUACCAGCCAAGUAGCAGUCACGGUUACUUCAACCUCUACAGCGGCAGCUCCUACGGUGACCACAGCCAAUGACGUUCACUGCGCCCUUAAUGGCUAUGGGACUGCCUCGUAUAGCGUUGGUUCUACCACUAGUUUUGGUGGCACUUUCGCCGGUUGCAAGGCGUACUGUUCGAACAUAGCCAGCGCUAUCAGCUUUGGCUUUGGUUCUAGCCAGUGUGCCUGCUAUAAUCAGCCCGCGAUUGUUAAUAGGAGAGUGGCAUCGUCCGUUUACUACUUCUAUGAUAUGGCUUGUCUUUCGGGAAGUGCGCCUGCCAAGCGAGACGUGAAGAGGGCUGUUCAAGUCCCUGACUAUUUGCCGAACGACGAUCCCAGUGCCGUGAGCAGUGCCUGUUCGUGCCUGAUUACCACUCCGGCCGCUCCCACUACUACGUAUUUCAUUGCCUCGGUCAUCACGGCAACCGAGACCACGACGAGCACAAUCACGCAACCUGCGAACGUGGUCUACAAGACUGUUACAGUUACCAACCACAACACUGCCACGGUCACUCGGCCAGUGACUAUUACAAUCACUCACUACAACACUGUCACUAUCACAAACCACAACACUGUCACUGUCACUGACUAUAACACUGCUUACUUCACGAAUACCAACACCGCUUCCGUGACGAAUCUUGAUACUAUUACCGCUACAGUUACAGAUUUCGCUACAAUCACCAACUACAAUACAGUGACUGGUACUAUUACUCAAUUCAUUACAGUAACACCUGCAACUGUAACUGUAACACGAGCGCCACAGACUAUUUAUGGGUCCUGA